AUGUUCGCCGCCCGAGUCGCUGCCCGCCAGACCCCGCGCAUGGCCCUCGCCCGCGCCCCUGCCCGCGCCGGCCGCCGCAACUACAGCUCCGAGAGCCCCAAGCAGUUCGCCGGAACCGAGGACAACGAGUUCAACCGCGAGCGUGCCCGCAUCCAGGAGCACGGCGGAGAGAGCGGCGAGUUCUGGCGCAAGUUGAGCAUCUACGUUGCCGUCCCUUGCAUCAUUCUGGCCUCCGUCAACGCCAAGCUGAGGUGGGAUGCCCACUGGGAGCACGUCGAGCACGAGGAGCACCUCCACCCCCGCGAGGAGAAGCCGGAGUACCCCUACCAGAACAUCCGCACCAAGAACUUCUUCUGGGGUGACGGUGACAAGACCCUCUUCUGGAACGACAAGGUCAACUACCACAAGAAGGACGAGUAAAUGCUUCCGUAUCCAUCAAUCAACUGGCUUUAUGGUAUCUUGGAAGCCUUCUCAGGCCCAAUUUAUAAAUAGUAGAAUGC